GUCCAUCGGUCUGUCCGUUCCCGCACCGGCGCUGCGCAGCGCGGCGGGGGCGUGGCCAAACCGAUGAAACCACGCCCCCUCCCCGCCCACCACCGGGCGUGGCCCCGCCCCAACGGUCGCCCCGCGGCGUGACGCGCGCGCGGCGCAGCCAAUCAGAGCCGCGCGUGGUUUUCAAACCGGCGGCGCGCGGGCGGCGGCGGGGCCGGACCGGGACCGGACCGGGAACCAGGCCGGGAACCAGGCCCGAGAGCGGGCCCCGAGCCCACAGCGGGACCGGGCCCCAGACCGAGAGCCACCGCAGCCGUAAUCGAGACCAAGACAGCGAGAGCGGCGCCGAGCCAUGCAGCGCGCCAAGACCCCCGCCGCGCAGCGGCGGCCCCGGCGCACCCCGCUGCAGGAGCUGCAGAUGCAGUCGCGGACCGACCGGACCAACCUGACCCCCCUGCUCCGCCGGCUGCGGCUCAAGGACCAUGACUGUGCCACCCCAGUGUCCUGCGCCCGGGGCCCCCGCAGCAGCGUCACCGCGGUGCCUUGCACCCCCGGACCGCGGCGAAACUGCCCUCCCAGCACCUCCACCCCAACGCCUUGCACCCUGGAGCCCCCCAGCAGCACCAGUUUAGAGUCCCCCAGGACCACCCCCCGGGGCCUCAGGGCUCCCAUCCUUAAGCCUGGUGCCUCUGAGGCCCCCAGCAAUGCCACCCUUAUUCCUGAUGCCUUGGAAACGUCUAGCUGCACCAGCCCAGAGGCCCCUAGCAGGCCUAUCUCAGUGUCCAGCAUGCCAGAGCUCUCUGACAACACCGUGCCAGCCCCUCUGUGCAGUCCAGCCCUGGGGCCCAGCACCCCAGAGCCCCCCACCAGCAUCGUGCCAGCCUCUGUGUGCAGCUCCAUCCCGCUGCCCAGCACCCCAGAGCCCCCCACCAGCACCGUGCCAGCCUCUGUGUGCAAUUCCAUCCCAGUGCCCAGCAUCUCAGAGCCCCCUAGCAGCACCGUGCCAGCCUCUGUGUGCGGCUCCAUCCCAGUGCCCAGCAUCUCAGAGCCCCCUAGCAGCACUGUGCCAGCCUCUGUGUGCAGCUCCAUCCCAGUGCCCAGCAUCUCAGAGCCCCCUAGCAGCACUGUGGCAGCCUCUGUGUGCGGCUCCAUCCCGGUCCCCAGUACCCCAGAGCCCCCCACCAGCACCGUGCCAGCCUCUGUGUGCAGCUCCAUCCCAGUGCCCAGCAUCUCAGAGCCCCCUAGCAGCACUGUGGCAGCCUCUGUGUGCGGCUCCAUCCCGGUCCCCAGUACCCCAGAGCCCCCCACCAGCACCGUGCCAGCCUCUGUGUGCAGCUCCAUCCCAGUGCCCAGCAUCUCAGAGUCCCCCAUCAGCACUGUGCCAGCCUCUGUGUGCUGCUCCAUCCCAGUCCCCAGCACCCCAGAACCUUCUAGAGGCUCUGUGCCAGCCUCUGUGUGCGGCUCCAUCCCAGUGUCCAGCACCCCAGAGCCUGCCAGCAGCAUCGUGCCAGCCUCUGUGUGUGGCUCUAUCCCGAUACCCAGCACCCCAGAGCCCUCCAGCAGCACCAUUGCCGUCCCUCUGUGCAGCUCCAUCCCAGUGUCCAGCACCCCAGAGCCCUCCAGCAGCACCAUUGCCAUCCCUCUGUGCAGCUCCAUCCCAGUGUCCAGCACCCCAGAGCUCUCCAGCAGCACCAUUCCAGUCCCCCAGUGCAGCUCCUUCCUAGGAUCCAGCACCCCAGAGUGCCCUGGCAACACCGUGCCAGUCUCUCUGUGCAGCUCCAUCCCCGUGGCUGUCACCUUGGAGUCCCCUGGCAGCACCACCCCAGGGCUCCCCAACAUUAUUAGCUCAGUGUCUUGCAGCCCAAGCUCUCCAGGCAGCUCUGCUCUACCCCCCUGCAGCUCUGGUUCCCCUGGCAAUGCCAGCACAGCCUCCUGCACCCCAGGGCCCCCUGGCACCAGCUCCACUCCGCAGAAAGCUCAUUUCCACGGGUGGAGAGCAGCACCUCCAGACUUUUCCUGCAGCUUUGUGGCCUCUGAGCCCCCAUCUGCAAAUGGGAGUGCUGAUCCUCUGCACUGCCAAUGCACCCCUGAGGGAGCCGAGUGCCCUGCCCCUGUCCCCCCAGAGCAGAGCCCGCCUGGCCUCCCUCCCACUGAGACAAGUGGGUCAGAAGCCACGGUCAUCCCUGUCACCUCGCCUGAAUCGACUCUGGGUGCUGUGUCCUGGAUGUUGCCACUAGUGUGGCUGGAGAAGACCCUCAACACCUCAUUCCUGAUGGAAUCCCUGCGGCACAGCCUGCCCCUCCGCAAGCCACAGCAGGAUGCCAGCAGCAGCGUCACCCCCGUGCCCACUGCGGUCGCCAGCACUAGCACGACCCCUGUGUCGACUGUGGUCACUGGCAGCAGCAUAACCCCUGUGCCCACUGCAGUUGCUGGCACCAGCACGACCCCCGUGUCGACUGUGGCCACUGGCACCAGCACAACACCCGUGCCCACCAUGGCCACUGGCACCAGUGUGACUCCUGUGCCCACCAUGGCCACUGGCACCAGUGUGACUCCUGUGCCCACCAUGGCCGCUGGCACCAGCACGACCCCCGUGCCCACCAUGGCCACUGGCACCAGCGUGACUCCAGUGCCCACAGCAGUCGCUGGCACCAGCGUGACCCCAGUGCCCACCACAGCCAUUGGAACCAGCGUGACCCCAGUGCCCACUAUGGCCACGGGCACCAGCAUGACCCCGGUGCUCUCCAUGGCCACCGGCACCUUCAUGACACCUCGGGACGUGUGGGAGAGGAGCAUGAACACAUCCAGGGGAAACCUCCCCUGUGCCAAGGACAGCGCUGCAGAAACAGACUCCCUGCUCUGGCACUGUCCCCGGGAGCAGCUGAAGACCCUGCCGCGGGCAGAGCUGGAGGGGAGGCUGGAGAGCACCCUCAUCAUCAUCGAGGCCCUCUCGCUGCAGCUGCGUGACUGGCAGGAGAGCCAGCGACCGCGGCCUGGCGCGGGGCCGGCCAAGCAGCGGGACGCGCUCACACAGACGGACACCACCCACCCUGAAGGGAGCACCUGGAGCAGCCAGAGCCUCCUGUUCCGGGGCCUCGCGGAUGCCGCUUUUCGGAGCUUGCAGGAUGAGCAGAGAGCCCUCGCACAGGAGCAGGAGCAGGAAAGGACCCUGGUGUCCCAGUCCCAGGCUGUGCUUCAGAGUGUUCCCAGCAAGUUGCAGAGCUGCCUGGGAGAGCGGGAUGCCCUCAGACAGCGAGUGGGUGAAGCCCUGCAAGCCAAGGACCAGGGAUAUCUCUUCCUGGAGGCUUUCUGUGCCCACGCCAGUGCCCAGAUCAGUGCCUGUGAGCAGAGCCUGGCCUCCCAGCAAGAGCUGAGCACGCUGCUGGUCCAUGCCACCAACCUGCAGGCAUCCCUGUCUGCCAAGGCGCAGUCUUUUCGAGAAUUCUUAGAUGUCACCUUUCAAAAUCUGGAGAAGGAAAGGAGAGCCCUGGAUGAGGAGCGGGAGCAGACGAGGGCCCUGGUGUCCCAGUCCCGUGCUCUGCUGGAACGUGUGCCCGGCAAGCUGCAGAGCUGCCUGGAGGAGCUGGCUGCCGCCCGGGAACGAGCAGAGGAAGCUCUGCAAGCCAAGGAGGAGACCUCCUGCCAGCUGGAGAACACCUUGGCAACACUGCAGGACACCGGGACUCAGCUGGAGCAGCUGAAAGUGGCCAACUCACGCCUGGGCAAAGAACUGAGCACUGUGAUGAUGAACCUGGCCAGCAUGGAGCAGGAGCGGGAUACGCUGCAGCAGGAGAACGAGAAGCAGGGGGAGGAGAUGGCCCAGCUGGCGCAGGAGAAGAACUCCCUGCAGCAGGAGUGCAAGGAGCUGUGCCAGGAGCUGCGGGAGGCCGCCGAGUGCCGGGAGUUCCUGGAUCAGGAGAACCAAAUGUGCCGCACGCAGCUGCUGGAGGUGGAGGCCAGGCUGAACUCCACGCUGGCCACGCUGCAGGAGCGCGUCCUGCAGCACGAGGAGCUGAUGGAGUCCCACCAGCGCCUGCGGGAAGAGCAGGCUGCCCUCAGCAAGGAGCUGGGCAGCACCAAGGCUGAGCUCCUCAGCUUGCAGACAAAGAGGAACAAAGUUUCCUGGUGCUCCACGGACAUUAUGGAGAGCAAGAUGCGGUUGCAGGAGCUCGCUGACUGCCUCAAGGCUGCUCUGGAAGAGCAGGAUGAUAACGAUGAUGAUGCUCCAUCGAGAAGCAAAGCCUGGACCCCGGGUCCCCGGACGCCGGGCUGGCAGACCCCCCGGCGUGCCUGGACCCCGGCGUGCCGCACCCCGGCCCUGCGCACCCCGGCGUGCCGCACCCCGCACCACGCCGGCAGCUCCUUCGUGGGCAGCGUCCUCAAAGCCGUGGCAGGGAAAGAUGCCAAUGAAACCACCAGAAGUGGGAGUACAGUUGCCAAGGACAAACUUGCACCCGUGCCAAAGCCAAUAGAUCCCGAGGACACUCUGCUGGAGAGUGUGAAGGAGCUGAGAGCUGUGGUCUCCAACCUUGCCAUGCUGAGCUCUCGCAUCCAGGACUUGGAGCAGAGCGAGUUCAGGGCACUGCAGAUGGAGAUCUCUGACCUGCAGCUCCGCCUGGAGACAGUGACAGCUGAGAGCCAGGAGAAGGUGGAUACCCAGGCUGCCACCAUUGCCAAGCUGAACAAGGCGCUGAGGACCAAGCUUGAGAAUGAGAAGGAGCUGCAGGACGUGGUGAAACAGCAGGAAGAGAAGCUGUUGCAACUCAUCGACAAGAGUGGGGAAGUCAUGAGGCUGAAGGCAGAAGUCUCCGAGCUGAAGCGCUUGCUCCAGCGUGCAGAGACAGAGGCCAAGGUGCUGUGGGAAGAGAUGAGGGGCAAGGAGCACCAGGUGGACACUGCCUAUGUCCAGGAGCGGGUCAUGCUGCGGCGGGAGGUGGAUAAACUGCGGCUGCUGCUUGUGGAAAAAGAGGAUGAGAAUGUGCGGCUCACUGACAAGUACCUGGAGCAGGUCCGAGGGCUGGAGGUGAAGCUCCAUCGUACCCAGAAACUGCUGAGGACCCAUGAGGAGAAGCAGGAGAAGAUAAAAGAGGUCUUGUCAGCUGUCCCUGAGGUGGCUGUGGGCUGCCAGGAGCUCCAGAGUCUGCUGCACUAUCUGGGCCUGAAGCCAGCCAACAAGGAAGCUGCUGAGCCGCUAUAGCCUGUAGCCUGAAACCUUUCCUGUUGUUAAUGUUGUAAUUAUUUAUUGAAUAAAGUUGUG